AUGCCGCCCUUUCAGCCUGAGCGGGUUGCUGUUAUAGGGGGCGGUUGCACGGGUAUCACGACUGUCUGGGCAUUGCGGAAUUCCACCCAUGAUGUUCAUCUAUUUGAAGCCUCAGACUCCCUUGGUGGGCGCGUAAAUGCCCUGCCCUUUGAGCAUAAUGGUCACCGAGUUGAUGUCAAUACAAGUUUUCCCAACUUUAAUGCCGGGGCUUCUCCAAACCUCGUUUCGUUGUUAGACUACCUUGGGAUUACCAGUGUCAAGGCUCUGUUCUCCUUUGGAGCUACGGAUGGGAUUGACAGUUUCCAAUGGUGUGGUAGCAUACUGAAAAGCAUUCUUCUUCGUCCAUGGACACUUUGCAACUUAGAGACCUAUCGCAUACUGUGCGAUGCUAUUUGGCUGAAAUACAUGGCCGUGGAUGUACUCGAUCCCGGCUUUGAGGCUUGUAAACCCACGGAUCCCCAGUCGUUAUCCUCGCAUGAGUACCUCGCAGGCGAAGAGUACUCCAAUACCUUUAUCGAGAACUACCUAGCCCCACUGCUGUCCAUUCUGUGGAGCACGAAUGCGGGGAAGUUCCUGCCACGGGUUCCUGCGAAAGCCCUCGUCCAGGCCCUUUACCAUCACCAACUGCUGAAGCCCCGUCAAGCCUUGCCAAACUGGCGUCGUAUCGGACCAGGGGUGAGCCAUUUCAUCCAGACCAUGACCAAAAGCUUUCCCUCCUCGAAGGUUCAUCUCAAGACUAGAGUAACAGAGAUUGUUCAGUAUGGAAAGAAGUUCGGUAUCAUGACAUCUGCAGGCGAAGAACUGUUCUUCAACCAUAUAGUCUUCGCCGUUAACGGCCAGGAGACUAUCAAGAUACUGGGAUCGCUCGCAAAUGAACAAGAAAAGGAGAUCAUCCGAAGUCUAGGUUCAACCAGAAACAUCUCUGUUUUGCAUUCUGACCCUCUUCUCAUGCCCAACGUCGAAGACCCGGGUCCCGCCUGCAACUACAUCCUAGGCCCCAGCAACCAAGACUGGCAAACCCAACCAAGUGACACUACCACCACUAUCACAUCCCACAUCUCCAGUCUCAGCUACAUCGCCAACUUCCUCGACAGCAUCCCUUCCUACAUUUUCGGCCCCAUAUACAUCACCCUAAACCCCUUCACUCCACCUCACCCAAGCCACGUACAAGGCGUAUGGGAGUUCACCGACCCGGAGCCUAGCGCCCAGACCCUGAUAGCACAACAUCAUCUCCCCACCAUCCAAAACAAACGUGGACUAAGUUACGGUUUCUGCUGGACAGGACGCGGACACUUAGAAGAUGCCAUCACGGCCGGUCUCAGGAUCGCCAUCGAGGACUUGGGCGCGGAGGCCCCGUUCCACGUGCAAUUUCACCAGGAUCCCCUGGAGGCGGCUGCAUCAGGACCUCCCCCGAGCCUCGGCUUGAGAGAUAAUGUGAUCCGGACGAUUAUUCGUUUGAUUCAUGUUUAUGUUCUUAUUCUGAGAUUUGUUUUGGUUCUCUUGAGGGCUUUGCCGGGGGCAGCUGGGAAGGCGAAGACGAGGUUUAGACCAGUGUGCAAUGCUGCUGCUGGUGCUCAUUCAUAA